AAACGAUUCGAAAACGUUACCAGACCCUUGUCGCUCCGGUGCUUGCGUUGCCAGGGGCUUCGCUGGGGGAGCCAGAGCUUGUGACCGGCUUGAGGCGUCGCUCUAAUGGCUGCGGAGCGGAUAUAUACAGAGGUGCAGGUGAGGUACUGUAAUUUGAUGCUGAGACGUAUCCUUCCUUCACCGGGAUCCCAAUGAUCUGUUCCACAUUAAUGCACAUUAUUUUCACUUAAUCUUGGCCUUAUUAUAUAACACUUAUAUACACUUAAGUCUUGCCCACUCAGAACGAAGCCUUUCUGUAUCUGAUUUCCCUCAUUCCUCGCCUGUGAUCCAUGGCUGCUUAUCUUAACGUUGUCCUUAUAUAUUCUCAUUUCUCCAGCCUGGUGACCGUGUCCAGUAUUACUCAAUUAGCCAAUCACCUUUUUUCCAAUCCCUCAUGAAAACAGUGUUUAAAACAGUACGAAUUAUGUACUAUUGAAAUGAAUUUUGGGUCAAAUUUCCUAUAUUUUAACACUCUGAUUAAAUACCGGUAAGCCCAUUCCAAAUGGUCAAAGGCUUAAAGAGUCUUUAAAGAGAGAACAGCCAAAUGUACUUUACAUUAUUUGGAAAUAAUAAAUUAAAUUUAACAAUUUUCUACUAAAAACAGUCAUCAUGAAUAGAAACAUUUGUAGAGUCUGCUUAGAUUAUAUCAAGGGGGAGGCUGUUCAUAUAUCCUGGAGCCAUCACAGAAGAGGCCUUAUCUUUUGUGCCAGUUGACAUUGGGGGGGGGGGCUCUUGGUAUGGUGUUGAUGAGGGUCCUCCCCAAAUAGGACAUGACAGUGGGCAUUCUUCCUCUGUUGCCACAACUGUUUUGGUUCAGGAAGCAUUUCCUGCCAUCCAGGCCCUGGUCCUACUUCAGUGGCAGAUGGGCAAAAGUGCUUUUAAAUGGAAGCUAAAAUUUUCUCCCAUCCAAGGUGGCUACCUACCUUCUUCGUCAUUGUUUAGUUGUCUUAGUCGUGUCUGACUCUGUGACCCCAUGAACCAGAGCAUGCCUUGGAAAUUUCUUCUCAAAACUUCUCCUUCUUAAUGCCCAUGGAAUUUUCAUGGCAAAAAUACUGGAGUGGGUUGCCAGUUCCUUCUCCAGGUGGAUCACAUUUAGUCUAAAAACUCUCGGCUAUGACCUGUCCAUCUUGGGUAGCCCUGCAUGGCAUAGCACAUAGCUUCUUGAAAUUAUUCAAGCCCCUUCGCCAUGACAAGGCAGUGAUCCAUGAAGGGGACCUACCCUCUUAAAUUACCCCAAAUGCCAUGCCCCUGACACAUAGAUCUGUCAAAUAAAUAGAUUUGGUGCCAGACUGCUGGGGGAACCCUGCCAAGCCCAUUGGACCCUCAGCCAGUUCCUGUCUUGGCCAACUGCUGGUGCCAGACAUACCUGCCUUCAUCACAUGUGUUUCAACCAUUCUUUAUAAGCUACAAACGUGUUGUAUAUACCGGUAAUUUCUGUUUCCUUUUUUAGGAUUACUAUGGCAAAGUGUUAAAGAAAAAAGAAGACCUAAAAACCAAUGCCUGUUGUACUGUAGCAAGGCCUUUGCCCACAUUCGCCAGAGAAGCCCUACAAUGUACUAUGGUUGUGGCCUGAUGAUCCCAGAAUGCAUAGAAGACUGCUGGAUUUUGGAUUUGGGCUGUGGGAGUGGAAGAGACUGUUAUAUGCUCAGUAAGAUGGUUGGGGAGAAUGGACAUGUGACCGGGGUGGACAUGACUGAAUCCCAGGUGGAAGUGGCAAAGAAACAUAUCGAUUAUCAUAUGAACAAAUUUGGCUACCGGGAGCCCAAUGUAAACUUUAUCCAGGGCUACAUGGAGAAACUGGGUGAAGCAGGCUUGAAGGACGAAAGCUAUAACCUUGUAAUCUCCAACUGUGUGAUCAAUUUGUCCCCUGAUAAAAGAGCUGCGCUGCAUGAGGCUUAUCGAGUAUUAAAGGCAGGCGGGGAGAUGUAUUUCAGUGACGUCUAUGCCAACCAUGACCUGCCACAGGAAAUCAGGAACCAUAAAGUCUUGUGGGGUGAAUGCCUAGGGGGAGCCCUGUGGUGGAAGGAUCUGUACAAAAUUGCUGAGGAAGUUGGAUUCUCGCCACCUCGGUUGGUUGCUGCCUCUCGAAUAACCAUUGCUAACAAGGAGCUGGAAAAUACCGUGGGUGACUGCCAAUUUGUUUCUGCUACUUUUCGCCUCUUCAAGAUCCCCAAGGAUGGGUCAGCUCAGCGGUGUGAAGCGAUUUACAAAGGAGGGAUCCCUGGGCAUGAGAAGGAACUAGAGCUUGACAUUAACUACAGGUUCAAGCAGGGAGAAGUGGUGGAUGUGGAUGAGGAGACAGCAGCUAUUCUACAGAACUCAAGAUUUUCUAGGAAAUUCCUGAUCCAUCCAGUGGGGCAGAAGGUCUCAGCCCCAGAAGGCUAUAUUCCUGGGAAGCAAAAGCAGGAGAAACUCAGGGAUCCAUUUAAGUUAGCGGAGCAGAUGGAGCCAAAUGUCCCUGCACAAAAUCCCUCAGGAUGCUGUGGAGCCAAAUCAUGCUGCUGAAUCUUUCAGUGUAAAGUCAAGAGUCUGAAAAGCUACAGUGGAACAAAUCCAAAAAUGAAAAGCAAGAAGAGAGAUUGCAGUUUCUGAACAGUAGUGAGAGUAAAGGAAUAAAUUAAGGCAUUUAGAUGCUCUGCUGUGUUGGUGUAUAUUGUCUCAAGAGUGAAAAUAUCUUGUCUUAAAGCAUUGGUGGAAAAUCAGAUGUGGCUGGACUAUAAUUGUUAUCAUUCCUGACUCAUUUAUUUAAGGAAUUAGUACACUGUGUUUUGUUUUUUUAAGAAAUCCACUGCAAAGCGGAUUACAGUAUUUUAGAACACAAAUUCCGUAAAACUUAAAAAAUCCAUAGUUAGCAACAAUAAACAAUAAUAACAUUAAAAUCACCAGCAUAAAACAAUAACCAUAAACUACCCUCAUUCAUAGGGACGCAGGUGGCGCUGUGGGUUAAACCACAGAGCUUAGGGCUUGCUGAUCAGAAGGUCGGCGGUUCGAAUCCCCGCGACAGGGUGAGCUCCCGUUGCUUGGUCCCAGCUCCUGCCAACCUAGCAGUUCGAAAGCACAUCAAAGUGCAAGUAGAUUAAUAGGUACCGCUCCGGCGGGAAGGUAAACGGCGUUUUCGUGUGCUGCUCUGGUCACCAGAAGCAGCUUUGUCAUGCUGGCCACAUGACCUGGAAGCUAUACGCCGGCUCCCUCGGCCAAUAACACGAGAUGAGCGCUGCAACCCCAGAGUCGGUCAUGACUGGACCUAAUGGUCAGGGGUCCCUUUACCUUUACCUUUACCCUCAUUCAUACCUCCUCAGAUCAAAAGCUAUUGAGAAAAAAUAGGUUGUUAAGGCCUUCUUUUUAAAAAUGUGAGAGAUGGGGCUUGCCUAAUCUCAAGAGAAAUUGCCUUCUAGAAUUGAAUUCCAAAAUUGUGGAGCCACCACUAAGAAGACCUUACAUGGCAGUCUAAUUGCUUUUACUGGUGGGUAUACUGGCUGGGGCUAAAGGAAGUGUAGUCCAACAACAUAUGGUGGUCCACAGGUUCACUAUCCCUGCCUUAAAGAACUGCCAAAGAUCCAACAGGAAGACAGUAGUAGUGGCUUAUCACAUGUGAGAGGUAGCAAUACUGUUGCUUGGGACACUGAUUCAGAUCCUCUGUAAGUGAAGGGUACUGUUCUGUAUCUCGGACUCUUGUACUCACAAUACUCUUGAAUGGCGUCAUUGGGAAGUGGACAUCCAUAAACCUGUUCUUUUAGAAGGGGCUAUAUAUAUUAAAUAAUCUCCCUAUGCUCUGUUACAGCCAACUUUGUCCUCUUUCUAAACUGUAGGGAGCUGCUGAGCUGACAAAAUAGGAGCUUCAGAUAGCGAUAGAUUGUUGUAGGCUUCAGCAUUAGGACUUUGAACCAACAUAUUUCUGAGCUCGAUCUGUAUGAACUGAGAUUACUGUGGCAGGGUUUGAUUAAACAAGCAGCAGGAGGAAAGGCAUUCAAAAAGGUAUGUAGUAUGAACACUAGAGGGAGCUGUAAGGCUUUUGAAUGUUGAACUGGAUUUAGAAUUCCAAGAUGAAUGGGGACUGUACUUUGCAAAUUCCUAUAACCAGUUUUUUACCCUUUUAUUGGGAGGGGGGUGGGGAAGAGACGAUAAUGAAUGUUGCAGUUUAGCACUAAAUUAUGGAACCAAAAGUGUAGGCAGAUAUUUCUGAGGGCCACUGACAGGUCUUGUUCAAGAUGGUGUCAAACACACAUAUUGCCUGCAGGGCAAUCUAGACCAGUUGCUCUAGGAUUAGGGCCAGCAAACUGUUUCAGCAGGGGGCCGGUCCACAGUCGCUCAGACCUUGUGGGGGGCCGGACUAUAUUUUGGAAAAAAAAUGAAUGAAUUCCUAUGCCCCACAAAUAACCCAGAGAUGCAUUUUAAAUAAAAGCACACAUUCUACUCAUGUGAAAACACCAGGCAGGCAGGCCCCACAAAUAACCCAGAGAUGGGUGGGGUAUAAAUAAUAAAUUAUUAUUAUUAUUAUUAUAACUAUUACUAUUAUUAUUUUAAAUAAAAGGACACAAUCUACUCAUGUAAAAACACACUGAUUCCCAGACCAUCCGCGGGCCAGAUUUAGAAGGCUAUUGAGCCGGCCCCAGCCCCCAGGCCUUAGUUUGCCUACCCAUGCUCUAGGAAGACACCCUCUUGGAGAUGCCCCCUUUUCUUCCACAAAAGACCAACUGGAUAUAUAGGGCAGAGCAGACACUAGUGGGUGGCCCAGCAACUUCCAGAAUAAUCAAGUGAUAAUGAUGACAUCAGGUUGCUGCCUGGAAACAUCCUUCUUGGUUUUCAUUUUGGUUCCUCUUCUUUGGGAAUAUCCAAUGUGAAAAGCAGCAGUUGCCUUUUGUCCUUGUGUAAAUAUUAUCGUUUCCCAGUUCAGUGAAAACAUAUGCAGUUUGAUUGGUAAUGCAAGUGUCUUGGCUAGGAUUUUAGUAGUCUCUUAAACAGGAUUGAGAUGCCAUUUUUAUAAUCUGAGAAUGUUUAGCCUAAGGAUGUUUGUCGAAACAAAAUAAAAAAAAUUCCUUCCAGCAGCACCUUAAAGACUAAGUUUUUUUUAUUUUGGUAUGAGCUUUCGUGUGCAUGCACACUUCUUCAGGUACACUGAAAUAGUAUCUAAUACACUGAAAUAGCUAUUUCAGUGUAUCUG